AUGAUUGAUGACGAUAAAGUGAAGUUGGCAACCGUAUUUGCCACACUGACACAGAAAAUAUCUCCGCCGCUUCCCCACAAAGUCGAACGGAACGAGGACUCGGAUACUGAUGAUGAGUGCGGCGGCGUAAUUCAGGCGUCUACGUCUGCCGCUGAACCUGACAUCCUGACGCGACCGUUUUAUUUAAAAAGUGUGAUCAGCGAAUUGCGCGAGCUGUUGUCGGACGAAGUCUUCACGAAUGUUUUACUGACCCAUCGCGACGGUCUCGCGUCGGUAUGUGCGCUAGCCUACUUUAUACGCCUUCAUUCGCUCCUCGAUCAUACUGCACUGAUGAGUCUAUUUUCCUCAUUUCGGCGGUUGAUCCCGAAUUUGUGGCAGUUGAUUACAUCUCUAAGCACAAAAGCUGUAUUUGGCACAACUCAGCCAAUUAUAUCAAUGCUUGAACGAGGUGAAAAUAUAUCGCAGGGCGAUGAGCAGUCGCUAAUAACAGCUCUGUCUUUGUUUAUAACGAUGAUGACGAAUGUACUGAUGACUGUUGACGAUGAUGACUUCCAAAACGGAGGGUUUGCUGAUGCCGCUGUCCCACUGACGCUCAGACAAAUUGCCGAUGUUGUCGUUCACUGUCGGGAUUUGACACUUGGCCUGAUUGAUCUUGCUUUCCCGGUGAACACUGCACCAUUCCAGAGUGUAUCGCAAGCCCCUCUGAAGAGCUCGAAAUGGUCCGAUUUGUUUCAGGAGGAGGAGUAUUUGUCCAGGAAACAAAUUCAGUCGAAGGUUGUAAAUUUAACUAAACGCAAAGAUAGCCUGAGCAAUGCCGAAUUCACCAAAUGCGAUAAAAUCAUUUGGAAUGCAUAUAGUUGCAGCAGAUACGAGAAAGUGAUUGGGAGAAUA